ACAAAGAGCUGCCUUCCUUGUUUGUUUACUUCUUCCCCUCCGCGCACCAAUCAUCGAGUCCCCGCCUCAACGUCAACUCAUACCGCCCGCUGCCCUUAAACAACACUCGACCACAUCGACGCAUCACAACACAACGUCCCGUUCACCCUCUUGUUGUUUCUCACCACGACCGCCGUCAGGAACGCUAUCCCAUUACCUGUUGCUGCACUUUGGCGGCAUCGCCCUUUUUUGAUUUUUUUUGUGUGUGUUGCUGUCGUUUUGCGCUGUUCCCUCCCCCCCUUCAGCUUCAUCACCCAGCAUCCCCAUACUUCGGCUCUGCCCAUUCCAGUCAUCGACAACCCAUACCGAAUUACCCUUCGAUUAUGACCCGAAUCGGCAUCUGACAGCACACAUCCCCGAGAGCCACCCAAGGAGAAAAAAGUCAAACAUUCAUUCUAGCAGACAAAAGUCUUUCUACCGCAUUUUCCCCUUUGUGUAUCUUUGCGAAUCCGCUCUGAACCUCGCGGCAAUUACCCCGGAACGCACCGCAGCAGAGUCUGCUUAACAUAGAAUUUUCUUUCGAGUAUUGAUCGCCAUUACCACCACGUACUGCGAUUGUUUCCCCCAAUGCGCUUGCGCAGUCACAACAACAUCACAGAAAAUGGCGUCUUCUGAGGAUCCCGUACAUCCUUUGCGCAUCAGCAAAGGCAGCAGCACUCCAGGAUCUCCCCCUCCUACCAAGGCCAGCACUGGCAUCCCUCGCCCCCUUUCCGAGCUCUCUCCUUCAGACCUCAGGCGGAACUCACCGAGCUUCAAGCAGCCCUCCAAGAAAAUGACCCUCAACACCGACUCCUCUCCAUUCCAGUCGUCCCCACUAGAGACUACUACGUCUCCCAGGCUGUUUUGGCAGAAGCGCAACCUGGACUCCAUCAGCACCGAGAACAGCGGAUUAUACGGCGGCGCACGUCACGGCUCGCCUUCGCCAACCCGACGCACUUCCAUCGAACGCCUCCAAAGAGCCUCUCGAGUCAAGAACAGCAACAUUCUCGCUCUCGAGCAGAAGCAGGAAUACGAUCCCACAAGAGUCCCCCAAAUUGAGCGGCCUCUCGCUAAGCAUUCCGGACCCUCAUAUGACGGAACGACAACAAUCAUCAAUGGCCUACGAUCUUCUGAUUCUCUGAACAGAGGCAUCGGCCACCAGCGCAACAACAGCAGCAGAUCGAGCAUCCCCAUCUUCAGCCCGACAACGAGCCCUACCAAGGGUUCUACACCAAUGCAAAUCAACCCUGCGAACCCGCCGCGCAGCCCGGGCAAGGACCAAGGGUCUCCUAUCAAGUCUUCCCUUUCGAGAAGCAACUUCAAGAGCAGCUUCGACCCCGAGACCGGCACCUGGUCGGCCGACACUUCUUUCGACGAUCGCGAGCUUCCUUCUGGAAAGUCGCUUCAUCGCCACGCCAAGAGCGUCACCUUCGACGCGGCUCCUCCUCAAAUCAACGAAUAUGAGAUGGCCACGCCGGACAUUUCUUCCAUAGGAUCCAACUCGCGCGAGGGCAGCUUCGACUCCAUGGAUGACGAGGACGAUGAGGACGGACACUACCACUUUGGAGAUCACGAUAUGGAGGGUGACAGCUUCGAUGCGUCGCUAGAGGACACAGACAAGACUCCCGUCGUCGGUCCUGACGAUUGGAGACAGUCUGCUGAGCGUAUGGAGGAUCCCUUCGAUGGAAGCCCCAUGCCAGACGCACUUCCUCCUCGUAUCGGCCGCACAGAACAUACUCGAUCUGACUCGUCAACCUCGGAUCACCGCCCCCUGCCUCCUCUUCCCGGCAUGGGCUCACCCGCCCGUGGUUCGCCCGCCUUCAGUGACUCCCGGUCUUCACCUGGCCUGUCCGCGACAGCGGAGAGAAUGGUGGGCGCUCACCGUAGCUUGCCACCGCCGCCCCCGGCAGCUGCCAGCAAGAACGAGAUCCAGAGCAUUGGCAACGGCAAGAUGACUCUCGAAGAGAGACUGAAGCUUAUGAUGCUCUCAGACGACCACAAGUCUGCCAACGAGCAGCAGAGAGAGCGUCGUCUUCGUCGCGGUGCUCAGCGUGAUAGAAUCCAGAGCCCCGCUUCCGAUACUGAGACAGCCGAGUCCAGCAUGCUUUCCGCUGACGCAGACGAAGCCGAUGAUACCAUCGGAGAUAUCUCUGCUCUCGAGGACUACGAGCUGCCUAGCCGUAUCUCCCGUGAGUCCAUCAUGCGUCGCGUCAAUGGUGGCGCCAAUGACCAAGGAGGUGACUACUUCUCCUCGCCGGCGCCUAGCUCUAGCCCCGAGCGACCCAGCCCUGAGCGCCGUCUGCCCCUGCCUCUUGACCCGGAUGUCCCAAUUCCUUCAACGGAAGACUCCAUUCUGGAUGACAUCUCCGAGCUUAGCGACGAGGGUAGUGUCAUUAUCCACAGAGAUGAGGCCUCUGAUGUCGACACCGAGUCAAUCACAGACUUCUACGCGCGGUCUGACAUUGACGAGAACGAUGCCGAUUCUGCCAGCCAUUACUCUGACGGACCGGCUCGCCAGCCCGAGGUCACUCAGGUCGACGAGGACAUCCUCACACCUCGUGCUGCUAGCCCCUUCCAGACAUUUGACUUGGCCUCAGAGAUAAGACCUCUGGAGCUCAAGUCCGACAAGGGUUUCAGCUCGCCCGAGCAACGCGCUGUCUCUCCAGCUGACCUCCCAGUCAGGGAGCUGACACCCGAGACAAAGGUUGAAGAGGUUAUCGAGCCUACAAGCGAGCCUCAGGAUGAGGUUGUUGAACAGCCUCAGCCCGAACCCGAGGUCGAGAAGGAGCCGUCGCCAGAGAUGCCAGUCGAUGCACCUGUCGACACUGCCUCUGAGCGCAAGCACAGCCUCCCCGAAUUCCACGACGAGGGCAGGGAUAACGAGUUCUCCAAGGGCUUGCAGUCGUUCAUGCUUCCUCCGCCUCCGGAGCCGUCUGCCGAGGAAGUCGAGGAGCUUCAGCCCCCGCCAAAGAUGACGGAGCUCCAGGCUGAAAUGCAGCGCCCCGUGACCCCGAAGCAUCUCUCCAAGCCUGACUACGACGGCUCCGGCUGGGGUGAUCCAGAGGAUGAAGAGUAUGAGGAAGAGCCCGGUACGCCCGAGUCUGUCAUUCAUCGACCCAUGUCCGAUUCUGAAUCAGAAAUCUUCGACGAGCUUCCCAUGGAAUCUCCUGCUAUCCCGGAGAGGCAGGCAACAAUCAAGGCAUCUGGAUCCAAGUUGAAGACCAGACCUUCCAACACACCCUCUGACAUCAUUGCCAUGAGGGAAGCCCGGCGCCAAGUUAGUCGCGAGGUGCCCGACAUUCCAGCCAUUCCUGAACGCCACCGCAACAGGCUGUCAAGGGAUCUGCAGGGAGAGCCCACUAUCCACGACGACGAAGAAUUCGUGGACCGCCGCUCGAGCUUCAAGAAGCGCAGUCUCACAUUGGAUCUUGACUUUGGCCUCAGCCUUGACCAAGAUUUCGAUCGUGUCAUUGAACAACAAAAGCGCGGAUACCUCAUGCGCCAGAACACCAAGGUUGUAACAGCGAGCGACAAGGAGUCUUCUGACAUGUGGAAGACUCGAUCUGCUGGCAACUCCCCCGUUAAGACAGACCGCCCUCAGUCAUGGACCGUCGAGCCCUGGAACGGUAGGCCCAGACAGAAGAGCAUCAGACGCCGCGCCAACACAAGUGGUCCUGUGCCGCCUAUGCCUGGCCAGGAGAGCAAUGCUCAAACUUUGAACCCUCUGGCCGAAGAGGACUUGAACCCGGAGCUUGCGACCGAGGAAAGCGGCGAGCGUGGCCGCCUCUUCGUCAAGGUUCUUGGAGUCAAGGAUCUCGACCUGCCCAUUCCCCGAACUGAGCGUACCUGGUUCAGCCUGACGCUUGACAAUGGUGUCCAUUGUGUCACAACCGCCUGGCUUGAGCUUGCUCGCAAUGCUCCCGUCGGCCAGGAGUUUGAGCUUGUGGUUCCCAACGACCUGGAGUUCCAGCUGACCCUCAACGUGAAGCUGGAGAAGCCCGCGCCUGCCAAGAAGGUGAUCGUGCAGUCUCCUACUAAGGCUAGCAAGCCCAAGACGUCUACCUUUAGCAGGGUGUUCGCGUCUCCCAAGAAGCGGAAGGAGAUGGAGUUGCGCCAGCGCGAAGAGGAGGAGCGUGUGGCCGCUGAGCAGCAAAAGGCUGCUCAGGCUAGACAGAUGAAGGUCGCGCCUACCGCCUGGGACUUGUUGUCUCCACUCGCGGCUGAGGAUGGCAGCUUUGCUCGUUCGUACGUGUGCCUCAAGGAGCACGAGUCGCGCUGUUACGGUCGUCCCUAUGUCGUUGACGUGGCUUGCUUCAACGAGUGGGCGACUGAAGAGGCUACCUUCGCCUCCAGCGUCAAGAGCAAGCGUGGUAACACUGCUGUUGUCCGCCGCGCCCCCUACAAGAUUGGAAAGUUGGAGCUCCAGUUGCUCUUUGUACCCCGUCCCAAGGGAUCCACCGAGGAGGACAUGCCCAAGAGCAUGAACUCUUGCAUCCGAGAGCUUAAGGCUGCGGAGGAGCGCCUUGCUAAGAACUGGGAAGGUCACCUGAGCCAACAGGGUGGCGACUGCCCUUACUGGCGCCGACGAUACUUCAAGCUUGUUGGCCAGAAGCUCACGGCCUACCACGAGGCUACCCGUCAACCCCGAGCUACUAUCAACCUGGCUAAUGCUAAGAGGCUGAUUGACGACCGGCGUGCCCUGACGGAGCGAGAGACGACCGGCAAGGGCGGCAGACGUCGGCGAUCAGCCUUCGCCGAGGAAGAAGAAGGAUACAUGUUUGUCGAGGAGGGUUUCCGCAUCCGCUUCAACAACGGCGAGACCAUUGACUUCUACGCCGACACUGCCGAGGACAAGCAAGGCUGGCUGUUGGCUCUGACGGACCUCAUUGGUACUGGUCGCGGCGAUAGCGAGGACGAUGUUGGUGGUUCUCGCAAGCAGGGCAAGUGGUGCGAGCUCAUCCUCAAGAGAGAGGAGGCGCUGCGACGGCGGCAAGAGGGUCGACGGGUGCACUCGCGGACGAAGAGCACAUUCAACUAAUACCCCCUUCUUUUCUUGAUGAUUUGGCAUGAUCGGCACGAGUAGGAGACACGAAGUAAUGGGGAGGCACGGCAUGAUCUAUGAUUCUCUUGGACCUGGAGUUCGUGAUCGGAUCAUCAUGUUGUCUUUGGUCCGCUGUUGCGAUGGCUUGUGUCUUGUGGACUGCGCGCUUGCCUGAAUAUCUAAUAAUUUGGCAGACAGGAUGGCGUUUGGGCAUGGUUUGGAUGGCGAUGGCGAUGGAGGAAAUUCCGGAGAUUGAGAGCUUGUUGUUUUAAAUUCGCACUCGGCUUCUUUUGAGCAUUGUUCUAGGAGUCGGGUAGCCCGUUUGGUUGUACGUAUCAUGUUGUACUAAAAUGGGA